ACGCACCAUGGCGGAGUUAUUACCUACAAAAAGACGCCAUUACUAUAUUGGAAACGACAGGCUGUCGUCGGUCUUGGGAUAGUUAUAAUAAAAAUCAGUACAGGGCUUCCAUCUUUGAGGACAUGUAGAGCGGUCACUCGACUAUCUUGUCAAUAUAAUAUAAAAUCUUUGUCUUAUGGAUGGGUGGACUAGCUGCGCUACAAUAUUUACGGGUUAAACUGUAGCGGACAGAAUCGCCUCUGCUGUUUUUUAAAGGCAUAGAGCAGCAAAACGAGAUGAAGGGGCAGCAGAAGAGCCCGGAUGACGAAGGUGACGUGCCCAUAAUCGAUGAAGGUGAGCACCAUAGAGAGUAUUCUAUGAUUUAUCAUAAUGGUGCUGUUGCCACGGCCGAUGACCCAACUGCCAUCACCACCAUCCAGUCUGCAGCCACCUUCUCGUCUGAUCAGCCAAUCAAGUACCUGUUCAAGACAGAAGGAGGCGGGUUGCCGGUAGGGGAGUUGUACCCUCCCUCAGGGCAGGUGACGUACCGGGUGAUCCAGGUGUCUGAUGGACAGGUGGACGGACAGACAGACGGCGCCUCUGCUGUUAGCGUGGUGACAGGCUUCCCCGCAACGACACAGACUGUCACACAGGCGGUGUUUUCACAGUCUGAGGGACUGGAGGGGGAAGCCUCAGAGACUCACUACUACUACCCCGUCACUGAUGCCACACAGACUACCAUGGUUGAGAAUGUACAAGCUCCAGAAACACUGCUCACUCAGAGCACACCCACCGGUCAGCUAUAUGUGAUGAUGUCCCCACAGGACGUGUUGGGCGGAACAAACCAGAGCAAGUCAGAGCCUCCUCGUACAUCUAGAGAUGACAAGAGACGAGCGCAACAUAAUGAAGUUGAGCGCCGACGCAGAGAUAAGAUAAACAACUGGAUCGUCCAGCUGUCCAAAACCAUCCCAGACUGCACCCUGGAUGCUACGAAGAAUGGGCAGGUGAGUUCCCAGAGGCGAAGGUUGAGAGCCGUGCGUCCUCCGAAACAAGCCAGCCGCACCAAUGUGUCGGAGGAAACACCGUACACAUGGCCACCGUGUCUGCAUGCACUGUGCCCGGCCCGCCACAGGAGUCGCUAGUGCGCAAUGGGACAAGGGCAUGCCUGCCGGCCAAACCCUGUUCUUACCUGACUUGCCUAGUUAAAUAAAAAAAAUGAUACACACAGGAAACUGUUGAGCGUAAAAAACACAGCAGCGUUGCAGUUCUUGACACAAACCGGUGUGCCUGGCGCCUACUACCAUACCCCCGUUCAAAGGCAUUUACAUUUGUUGUCUUGGCCUUUCACCCUUUAAAUGACACACAUACACAAUCCAUGUCUCAAUUGUAUCAUGGGAUAAAAAUACUUUAACCUGUCUCCUCCCCUUCAUCUACACUGAUUGAAGUGGAUAUAAGUGACAAUAAGCGAUCAUAGCUUUCACCUGGUCAGGCUGUCAUGGAAAUAACUUGUUUUGUACUGUAUACUCAAAUCAAAUUUUUUUUUCACGUACACAUAUUUAGUAGAUGUUAUCGUGGGUGUACAGAAAUACUUAUGUUCCUAGAUCCAGCAGUGCAGUAGUGUCUUAACAAUUUUCAACAAUACACACAUGUAAAAGAAUGGAAUUAAGAAAUAUAUAAAUAUUAGGAUGAGCAAUGUUGGAGUGGCAUUGACUAAAAUACAUUUAGAAUAGAAUACAGUAUAUACAUAUGAACUGAGUAAAGCAGUAUGUGAACAUUAUUCAAGUGACCAGUGAUUCUAUGUAUAUGGGCAGCAGCCUCUAAGGUGCAGGGUUGAGUAACCGGGUGUUAGCCGGCUUGUGAUGGCUAGUUAACAGUCUGAUGUCCUUGAGAGGAGCUGUUUUUCAGUCUCUCGGUCCCAGCUUUGCUGCACCUGUACUGACCUUGCCUUCUGGAUGGUACCAGGGUGAACAGGCUGUGGCUCAGGUGUUUGAACUCCUUGAUGAUCUUUUUGGCAUUCCUACAGCACAUUGGGUGUCCUGGAGGGCAGGCAGUGUACCCCAGUGAUGCGUUGGGCAGAGCCCUGCUGUUCUGAGCGGUGCAGUUGCCGUACCAGGCGGCAGGAUAUCCCAACAGGAUGCUCUCAAUUGUGCAUAUGUAAAAGUUUGUGAGGGUUUUAGGGGCCAAGCUGAAUUUCUUUAGCCUCCUGAGGUUGAAGAAGCGGUGUUGCGCCUUCUUCACCACACUGUGUGGGUGGACCAUUUCAGAUUGUCAGUGAUGUGUCCGCCGAGGAACUUGAAGCUUUCCACCUUCUCCAUUGCGUUCCAGUCGAUGUGGAUAGAGGCGUGCUCCCUCUGCUGUUUCCUGAAGUCUAUGAUCAGCUCCUUCGUUCUGUUGAGGGAGAGGUUAUUUUCUGACACCACUCUGCCAGGGCCCUCACCUCCCUGUUGGCUGUCUAGUCAUUGUUGGUAAUCGGACCAACUACUGUUGUGUCGUUUGCAAACUUGAUGAUUGAGUUGGAGGCGUGUUUGGCCACGCAGUCAUGUGUGAACAGGGAGCUGAGCGUGGGGCCCCUGUGUUAAGGAUCAGUGAAGUGGAGGUGUUGUUUCCUAUCUGGGGGUGGCCCGUCAGGAAGUCCAGGACCCAGUUGCACAGGGCGGGUUUCAGACCCCAGAUGGUGUUGAAUGCUGAGCUAUAGUCAAUGAACAGAAUUCUUACAUAGGUAUUCCUUUUGUCCAGAUGGGAUAGGGCAGUGCGAUGGCGAUUGCAUGGUCUCUGGAUCUAUUGGGGCGGAAUGCAAAUCGAAGUGGGUCUAUGGUGUCAGGUAAGGUGGAGGUAAUAUAAUCCUUAACUAACCUCUCAAAGCACUUGAUGAAAGAAGUGCAACGGGGCGAUAGUCAUUUAGUUCAGUUACCUUUGUUUUCUUGGGUACAGGAACAAUGGUGGACAUCUUGAAAGUGGGGACAGCAGACUGGGAUAGGGAGAGAUUGAAUAUGUCCGGAAACACUCCAGCCAGCUGGUCUGCGCAUCCUCUGAGGACGCGGCUAGGGAUACCGUCUGGGCCGGCAGCCUUGUGAUGGUUAACACGCUUAAAUGUCUUACUCUUGUCGGCCUUGGAGUACAAGAGUCCACAAUCCUUGGGGAGUCGGCCGCGUCGAUGGCACAGUGUUAUCCUCAAAGUGGGCAAAGAAGCUGUUCAGCUUGUCCGGGAGCAAGACGUCACUGUCCGACAUGGCUGGUUUUCCUUUUGUAGUCAGUGAUUAUCUGUAGACCCUGCCACGUACAGUGGUUCCUCAAUUUAAAGUUUUGAGAUUAUGCCGCAGGACUUGGAGGUAAUUUGUGGUUUAGUACAUUACCCUGCAUCACUGCUUCAUUGCUCCAGACCACCGCAAGGGGGAGUUAGAGCACUGAUUAUGCUUUUGGAAGCUUUAAAAAAAGUUAGGUUAUAUUCUUAAGAUAUAUGUUGACUGAAAUAGAAGAAGCAAGUGAUGUUUGCUAAAUAAUCAAGUUGAUGGAGUGGUCAUAUAGCCUCGGCACCUGCUGAGUGACUCACUCAUUCAUGGCUUUGGAUCAAAAUAAUGUACCAACAUUCUUUCUGAUAGUCUAGAAGUUUUUAUUUUUUUAUUUUUUUUAUUUCACCUUUAUUUAACCAGGUAGGCUAGUUGAGAACAAGUUCUCAUUUGCAACUGCGACCUGGCCAAGAUAAAGCAUAGCAGUGUGAACAGACAACAACACAGAGUUACACAUGGAGUAAACAAUAAACAAGUCAAUAACAUGGUAGAGAAAAGAGAAUCUAUAUACAAUGUGUGCAAAAGGCAUGAGGUAGGCAAUAAAUCGAAUAAUUACAAUUUAGCAGAUUAACACUGGAGUGGUAAAUCAUCAGAUGAUCAUGUGCAAGAAGAGAUACUGGUGUGCAAAAGAGCAGAAAAGUAAAUAAAUAAAAGCAGUAUGGGGGUGAGGUAGGUAAAUUGGGUGGGUAGUUUACAGAUGGACUAUGUACAGCUGCAGCGAUCGGUUAGCUGCUCGGAUAGCAGAUUUUUAAAGUUGUUGAGGGAGAUAAGUCUCCAACUUCAGAGAUUUUUGCAAUUCGUUCCAGUCGCAGGCAGCAGAGAACUGGAAGGAAAGGCGUCCAAAUGAGGUUUUGGCUUUAGGGAUGAUCAGUGAGAUACACCUGCUGGAGCGCGUGCUACGGGUGGGUGUAGCCAUCGUGACCAGUGAACUGAGAUAAGGCGGCACUUUACCUAGCAUAGCCUUGUAGAUGACCUGGAGCCAGUGGGUCUGACGACGAACAUGUAGCGAGGGCCAGCCGACUAGGGCAUACAGGUCGCAGUGGUGGGUCGUAUAAGGUGCUUUAGUAACAAAACGGAUGGCACUGUGAUAAACUGCAUCCAGUUUGCUGAGUAGAGUAUUGGAAGCUAUUUUGUAGAUGACAUCGCCGAAGUCG